AUGGAGUUAGAGUCUCUCAAUCUGAAUGAGCCUGAGCGCAGCUGGGAAGAUCAGGCUCUUUUUCACUUGUCACACCAAGAAGGAACUCAGCUCCCCCAGGUGGACGGUGGCAAAGAUGCCUGGCUGUUUCUAGCGGCCGGCUUCAUCAUCGAGGGUCUUACCUGGGGCUUUGCUUUUUCAUACGGCGUCUUCCAGGACUACUAUUCCACAGUCGACGCGUUCCGCGAUUCGGGGAACAUCGCCGCUAUCGGCACCUGUGCAUUGGGAAUUUCUUACUUAUCGGCACCAUUGGACUUUGCAUUACUCCUAGGUGUGCCUCGAUUUCGUCGACUGGCCACCCCGGUGGGCUUCCUGAUUAUGUGCUUGGCUCUAGCGCUGAGCUCGUUCUCCCAAACUACGACACAUCUCAUUCUCUCUCAAGGAGUGGCCUAUGGACUAGGUGCUGGACUGGCAUAUUCGCCCGUUAUUCUUUUCAUGAAUGAGUGGUUUGUCAAACGGCGGGGGCUUGCCUUUGGGACCUUGUGGGCAGGAACUGGCAUGUCUGGCAUUAUCUUUCCAAUCACACUUCAAUGGCUGCUCGGUGAAUAUGGAUUCCGCACAACACUUCGCAUAUGCUCAGUCGUCCUCUUUCUCCUGGUAAUGCCACUGCUCUAUUUCGUCAAGCCACGCCUUCCAGUCACAGCCGAGUCUGCCAGCACUAUUCGACCUUUUGACUUGAGCUUUAUCUGGACUCGGUCGUUCCUCAUCUACCAGGUGUGCAAUAUCGUGGAAGCAUUGGGAUUUUUCCUGCCUACUGUCUACCUUCCCACCCAGGCUCGGUCCUUAGGGGUCACUAGCCAGUUGGCUUCGCUCACUGUGAUCUUGUUCAAUCUGGCAUCCAUGGUGGGCUGUAUCUUCAUGGGCAUGCUGGUGGACCGCUACCGCGCAACAACCUGCAUCCUCGUCUCCAGCAUCGGCAGCGGCCUCUCGGUGUUUCUUCUCUGGGGAUUCAGCGUGUCAUUAGCACCACUUUAUGUUUUCUGCAUAGGGUAUGGCUUCUUUGCCGGCUCGUGGUCAUCCACCUGGCCUGCCAUCACGCGAGAAACACAACAGCUGAAGCAACUGGCAGAUCCGGCGAUGGUGCUGGGGAUUCUGGAGGCCGGUCGCGGCAUCGGCAAUAUCGCGAGCGGGUUCUUAAGCGAAUCACUCAUCUCCAGCAGGCCUUUAAGUAGUGCGUACGCCUUCGGGGGUACCUACGGAAGCCUUAUUAUCUUCACGGGUGUUACGUCUCUUUUUGGUGGUGCUUGCGUCCUGGCACGACCGUUUAAAUGGAUCUGA